AUGAACAGCCAACUCGCGCCCCUCUCCCCGCCCCUCGGCGUGAACCCCGCCUACUGCGUCCCCCGGCAAACCGUGCUGGUAAUGAAAGAAAAAGUGUGGUCGCUCUCCGGCGACACUUUCCACAUCGUCGACGAGAACGGCCACGAGGUUGUGCAAUGCAGAGGCCAAGCCUUCUCCCUCUCCGACCGAAAGGAGUUCGCAGAUAGUUCCGGCAGGCCACUGUUUAGUCUGCGGACGAGACAUUUUACGCUGCAUAAGAGUUUCUAUGCCGAGGAUGCUGGGGGAACGGUGUUGUUUGAGGUUAAGGGGAAGUUUAGUAUUGGGAGCUCGAAGAUGAUCGCGACGUUCACAAAUCGUUCGAACGGUGCGCCGAUUGAGUUGCUGGUGAAGGGAGAUUGGUUUGACCGCUCUGCCACUAUUACGAUGGGGAACCAAAUCAUUGCGACGAUUGGCAGGAGCUAUUUCAAUAUGAGAGAGGUGUUUGGAGGGCAGCAGACUUACUAUGUGACUGUUGCACCGGGUGUCGACUUGGCGAUGAUGGCUGCGAUCUGUGUCUGCCUGGACGAGAAGGAGAAUGAGAAGAAGUAG